CGCGCGGCGUGGCACCUCUUCGCUCCUCUCCUCCUCCUCUUCUUCUCUUGCUCCGCUUCAGAGGCCUGCAGAGCUGCGCGCCGCGACUGGUCCGCCGCCCGUUCUGCCGCGGUGUCUGCGCUGGAGCCCCCGCUGCGGGUUCGCGUCGCCUCCGUCAGCCGUCGUGUCGGUGCCGCGCCCGCGCCCGCGCCGGCGUCCGCGGUCGUCGUGGUGGCUCGGUGCGCGCCGUAGCCGCGAGGGGCACCAUGCGGUGUGGGUCGAGCGACGGCGGCGUCGCGGGCGCCUGCUCCGUGUUGGCCGCGUCGGCGCUGCUCGUGCCGCGAUGCUGCUAGCGCUAGCCGUGCUGGCGCGGGCGGCGUCGCUGGCCGGUCGUGGGACCGCCACGGAGAUUUUGUUCCCCCGUGCGGCGGACGCAGGGUAAAACGUGAAUGCUCCUCCACGGAAUUCCGUUGCAACAACGGCCGGUGUAUCCCCGGCCAUUGGCAAUGCGACAACGAAAAGGAUUGCAGUGAUGCGAGCGAUGAAGAUCCCAAAACGUGCCCAAGUGAAAUCACGAUCUUCUCCCUUCUCUCUUGGUUUCCGCAACCACCCCAACCAACAAAACUUUCUGAACUCCUCAACCACAUCCACCUCCUCAACCACAUCCACCUCCUCAAGCACAUCCACCUCCUCAAGCACAUCCACCUCCUCCAACCACCCCAAAUCCCUGACCGCCCACCCGCCUCGAGGUGGCCGUCAGCUCGCGCUAAGCGCCGUGGCUCCGUGUCGUCCGCAGAGGCGCGCCAGUGCACCCAAGGCCAGUUCCAGUGCUCCCCCGGCAUGUGAGUUGGCGAGCGGCGGUGCGAUUGCGACGCCAGCCGACUGCCCCGACGCGCGACGAGCGCGACUGCGAGUAGUGCUUCGUUCCGCCCCGGGGGCGCCCCCCGCACUCGCCCGAACAGAGCGGGAGGCGCGGCGGCCCCGGACGCCCUGCCCUGUCGCUGACUGCGCCGCUCUCUUGCAGAGCAAAAGGUGUCAGCCCGAGGAAGUUCAGUGCCGCGCGCAGCCCGGCGAUGCGUAUGCGCUCACGUGGAUGUCGAUGACAACCCACGACUCUCUGACGCCUCGACGAGAAGCGUGCAGUAAGCGCCGCACCCGCCACCCCACCCGCACGCACGGCUCUUCUCCCCCACCCCCACCCCGCCCCCGCAUGCCCACUCGAGCAUCUGGGCAACACACGCCCCACUGA